AUGCAAAAUAUCUUAACUAUGUUACAAAUAAAUGCUCAAAAUAAUUUUUAUAAACUUCGUAAAUCUGUAGAUCGAAAUGAUUGGGCAUAUGCGGCCCCUACUGAUGUCAAUGCUUAUUAUGAUGCAUCAUUUAAUGAUAUUAUUAUUACCGCAGCUAUUCUACAAGCCCCUCUCUUUAGCAAAGAUGCACCAAAAUAUUUGAACUAUGGUGGUAUCGGCGUAGCUAUAGGUCAUGAAUUAACACAUGGUUUUGAUGAUAUUGGUCGACAAUUUGAUAAGAACGGUAAUAGACUUCCUUGGUGGACGAAUGAAACAAGUAAUGCAUUCGACAGAAAGAAGAAAUGUAUGAUUGACCAAUAUAAUAAUUAUACAGUAGCUCAAGUCAAUAUAUCGAUUAGUGGCGAACAGACAUUAGGUGAAAAUAUUGCUGAUAAUGGUGGAUUAAAAGAAGCUUUUCUUGCUUAUCAAAAUUGGGCUCGAAUAAAUCCAAAUAUGGAUAAAAAACUACCGGGAUUAACAAAAUAUUCAGCAGAACAAAUGUUUUUUAUGAAUUUUGGUUUAACAUGGUGUGCAAAAUUAAAAGAUCAAGCGGCAAGACUUCAAACUCAGAUAGAUGUACAUGCACCUAAUCAAUUCAGAGUACUUGGUUCAACAUCAAAUUUUGCAGAAUUUGAUCGAGUUUUUGGAUGUAAACCAAUGCAAGGAAAUAGUCGAGAGAAUAAAUGUCAAGUUUGGUGA